AUGUCCCAGCCAAGGCAAAGCCGAGCUCUCAUCAUCGUCAACAGCAAUUUCUGCAGCAGUGACCAUGAUGUGGUGCUUGGGACCCGGAAAGGAGCCAAGAGAGAAGCGGAGAAGCUUUCCAGGAUACUCUCACGGCUCAACUACAAGGUGAAGCUGGUGCACAACAAGACAGCCAAGGAGAUAAAUGACCUUUACCAGCAAGAGCGCUGCUGCGAACAUGGAGAGUACUUUGUGAGCAUCAUCUCCAGCCACGGAGAGGAGGGGGUCAUAUUCGGCUGUGACAUGGAACCAGUUAAGCUGACCCAGAUUUUCCAGACUUUAUCCUCAGAGAGGUGCCCGGUGCUCACCAAAAUACCCAAAAUCUUCUUUAUCCAGGUAACACAGCCCCUGGAUGAUAACUUGAUCCCCUUUUUGCUAAGUUCGUGCAGAAUUAGACUGGCACAAGCACGAGGCUUAAGGCUGCUGCCAGGAUAA